CCUUCAGAAGCGCUAGUUGCUUCUCUUAGCGAGUAACGGAAGCGGCCUGGUCUUUGGCUGCUGCACCACGCUCAAUUUUUGUUCUCCCUUCUUCGCCGUUGGCGGUCUCAGUUUCAGCCCAUUAGAGCCGUGCCUGCCGCUUUGUCGCCAUGAAGCUCGUGAGGUUUCUUAUGAAACUUAGUCAUGAAACUGUGACCAUUGAACUGAAGAAUGGGACCCAAGUUCAUGGAACCAUCACAGGAGUUGAUGUCAGUAUGAAUACACAUCUUAAAGCUGUAAAGAUGACUCUGAAGAACAGAGAACCUGUCCAGUUGGAGACUUUGAGUAUUCGAGGGAAUAAUAUUAGGUAUUUCAUUCUACCAGACAGCUUGCCCCUGGAUACUCUACUGGUGGACGUUGAACCAAAAGUCAAAUCCAAGAAAAGGGAGGCAGUUGCAGGAAGAGGACGCGGCAGAGGACGUGGCAGAGGAAGAGGACGCGGCAGAGGAAGAGGAGGUCCAAGGCGAUAAUUUCUUUAUAGCUGCUAAAAAAAUGCAAGGAAAUGCGAGCUAUUUUUUGUACAGGUUUUCUUUAGUGACAAUUUUUAAUAAACAAGUACGGAAAAUGCCUUGUCAA